AGGGGCGCGCGGCGCCCCAGUCGCGCCAUACACCAUGUCCAGGCAGAGGAUGACGAGACUCACUAUGACGAAGAGGGUACGUCGGGGUCUGACGUCGAAGAAGACCUGUAUCAUCUCUGCCUAAACGAUUAUAAAUCGAUAUAAGGAGUUAUUUAGUGGAGGACUUGGGCGGUUUAGUGGUGGAAAAGCGACACUCCGAGUGCGUGAAGGGGCUACGCCGGUGUUCUGCCGCGCACGGCCGCUGCCGUACGCGCUCCGCGACCGCGUCGAGGCGGAGCUGGACGAGAUGCUGCGCUGCGGCGUCAUCGAGCCGGUCGACACGUCGGAGUGGGCCACGCCGCUGGUACCGGUACGUAAAGCUGAUGGGGGCUUGCGAAUCUGUGCAGAUUACAAAGCAACCUUGAACCCCGCCUUACUGAUCGAUAGGUACCCGCUCCCUAAGAUAGAUGACCUUUUAGUGAGAUUAAAUGGUGCCCGCGUAUUUUCAAAAAUUGACCAGACACAGGCGUAUAAUCAGGUGGAGUUAGACGAAUCGAAAAAGUAUACUGUCAUCAACACACAUAAGGGAUUAUUCAGAUAUAAUAGACUAGUUUACGGAUUGUCUUCCAGCCCUGGUAUAUUCCAGCGAAUUAUGUCCAACUUGUUGAAAGAUCUACCUCAAGUCGAAGUAUUUCUGGAUGAUAUAAUUAUUGGUUCCGCGGACAUAAAUUCUCAUUUAGUGACAUUAGAAAAAGUUUUGAAACGACUUCACAGUCAUGGAAUGAAAUUAAAAAAAAGUAAAUGUUCUUUCUUAUUAGAAGAAGUACAGUAUUUGGGAUAUGUAAUUUCAAAAGACGGAAUUAAAGUAGAUCCCACUAAGAUAGAAGGUAUCCUUAAGAUACCUCGACCUCUUAAUGUGACAGAUUUAAGGUCAUUUUUAGGGGUAGUAAAUUUUUAUGCUAGGUUUGUACCGCAUUUGAGUACGAUUUUAUCCCCUUUGUAUGAUUUACUUAGGAAAGGUGCCAUAUGGAAUUGGAAUGAACGUUGCGAGAAAUCAUUUAAAAGUAUUAAGAAACUGUUAGUGAGCGCGGAAGUGUUAAGUCAUUACGAUCCUAACAAACAGCUGACGCUGACCACUGACGCGAGCAGCCGCGGCAUCUCCGGCGUGCUGACACAACCAGGGGACCGCUCGGACGCCGGCGGCGCGCGCGAACGGCCAGUGGCUUAUGUCUCGCGUUCUUUAAAUGAUGCCGAACGUAAUUACUCUCAAAUAGACAAAGAGGCGUUAGCAAUCGUGUUUAGCCUACAAAAAUUACAUCAAUUCCUUUAUGGCAGACAUUUUACAUUACGAACGGAUCACAAGCCGCUAGUUAGUAUUUUUGGAUCCAAGCAGGGUAUUCCCGCGAUGGUGGCUAGCCGAUUGCAACGGUGGGCGAUUAAACUAUCCGCAUAUACUUAUAAUAUAGAAUACAUACGCACCGAUGCUAAUGGCGCAGAUGGCUUGUCGCGCUUGCCCGUGCCGAUAAAAAAUGCUGACUCGCUAGACGGCCCGCCGCCCGAGCAAACGUAUUUACAUUUCGCACACAACGAAUUGUUAUUAGAUUAUCAUGAUGUUAAAAAAGAAACACAGCGCGACCCGAUCUUGAGCAGAGUUUUAGGGUAUAUACGAUCCAGUUGGCCGACUGACGUAGAAAUCCGUAAUUUACAACCGUACUUUAACCGUAGACUAGAAUUGUACGAAGAGUUAGGAUGCGUCAUGUGGGGUCAUCGGGUGGUAAUACCGGAUGGUUGCCGAGAUAGGGUUUUAAGCGUGUUACAUGAGAGUCAUAUGGGAAUCGUAAAGACGAAAGCGUUUGCCCGGAGCUACGUGUGGUGGCCGGGCAUAGACGAGGCGGUGGAGCGCACGUGUCGCGAGUGCAGCGUGUGCGCCGCCGAAGCGGAGGCGCCCGCGCGCCACGCGCCGUGCCCGUGGAGCUGGCCCGCGCGCCAGUGGACGCGGGUUCAUUUAGACUUUUUAGGACCACUUUAUGGAGUAACAUAUUUGGUGAUGAUUGACGCUCGAACAAAGUGGCUGGAGGUAUUCCCGGUAAAUAGCACCUCGGCUAGUAACACCAUCGAAAAACUGUGUGAAGUUAACGCUCGAUGGGGUUUCCCUAGACAAAUAGUUUCGGAUAACGGCCCUCCGUUUACGAGUACACAAUUCGCGACCUUUUUGACAAAAAACCGUAUUGAACAUGUACACUCAGCUCCAUAUCAUCCUGCUUCGAAUGGGGCUGCGGAAAAUGCGGUUAGAAUAAUUAAACGGGUUAUAAAGAAAGCCGUGCGACAAAAGCAUAAUGUUAAUCUAGCUAUCAGUAAUUUUUUAUUACACUAUCGUAAUACGCCACACUGCACGACAGGCGAAAGUCCAGCUAUGCUUAUGAUUGGCAGACAGGUUCGUACUCAAUUAGAUGUACUGCGUCCAGAUUGUGAAGAUAAGGUCCGUAAAGCACAGAGGAAACAAGCGAACACUCGAUUGGGUCCUAACCGUGUUCUCCAAUCAGGAGAUAACGUAUGGAUAAGGCAAUAUCAGGGAGAUACAAAAUGGGUUCCUGGUCGUAUUACUCAGAAAACGGGUACUACGGACUAUACCGUGCGCGAUAACUUAAAUAGGGAGGUACAUAGGCACGUUGAUCAGUUAAGGCGGCGAUCAAGUAUAUUAACCUGCCCGGGUGACUCAUCAGCUUUGCAGGUACCUCAGCCCGAACCAGUGGAACAUACUGAUGAUGCCAUCUUUGGCCGUGCUGAGACGCCGAUGGCCAUAAGCACGCCGCAGCGCAGUCACCAAGGCCGGCCGUCCACUGCGAGCGGCGCGAGUCCGGGGCUGAGUCGACCGGCAGACGCGCGGUCCGGAAUACCGCAGGCCUCACCAAAGUCAGAUGGCAAUGAAGACCUCUUUUUGUCGCCAACAGCAAUUUCAACCCCACCAUCUAAACCGCCCCAGUUACCUCGUCAAGUCAGACAAUGUAGACUUACGAACCCACCAAAAUACAAAUUUUAACUAACUUAGACAAUGGAAAUUGUGCCAUGUAACGUUAGUAUAGGGUUGAGUAUCAAUUGUGCUAACUAAUUAAACUGUUAAAAAUAAAUGUACAUAUAUAUAAGCAUUGCUCGUGAAAGACUAGGUGAUAAGAGGUGUGCCGUUGUGAUAUUAUUUUAGAAAUCUGGUGUAAGCCAGUUCCUCUUUUUAUUGUUUUUUUUUUUACCAGUAUAAGUUAUGUUAUGCAUUAGUAGGUAAUAUAUUGUUUUCCACAAUAAAUAAAAACACAAAUUAAUUGCCAGACAUACAUAUGUAGUUAUGUACAUCUAUUAAUUGUGUAAACAUUGUCUAAACUAUAAGACUAUUAAUUUUCUUAAUACAUCUGUAUGCUUGACCAUCCGAAUAACUCCCUGAUCCCUGUAAAACAAAAAGAAUUACCUCUAUUAGUUUAAAGGCGUAUUAUCUAUUUCUAAUGAACUUAUUUCAGAUAAACAAUAUUAUAAGUAGUCGAUAAGAUAAACCAGUUAUAAUAACGCCAUUGUAACUAAAUAAUAAUAUAAAGGAACAUUUAUGAAUGAUGAUGUUUUCAAACUCUGCUUUAUAUAAUAGUAGUCAAGUUUUUCUGUAAUACGCAUGCUCCUUAUAUUGCUUAUACCUAUAGGUAUUUACCUUACAAUUAGGAGGCACCUAAAGAUACUGUUGUUUUGUGUUCUGAGGAAUAAUAACAAUAGCGUUGUUGAACUUUUUUUUUUCUUGUUAGUUAGUAAACUUACCAUGUACUAGGAAAGGAGAAGGUAUUGUGUUCAGGAAGCAGUAUUUAAGGGUAUAAAAUUAUAACUUCAAAUAAUGUUUUAAGAAGAGAGUGAUGUAAUGUAUGUACUUACUUACCUAAUAGUAGUUGUCACAUCGCGGUGCAUUCGCGUGCGCCCUCUGCAGGCCAAUUAGUCUCGCAAUAAAUAUGUAAGUGACCGGA